CUUCCGCGCCUCACCGCACCUCUCUUCCUCCUCUCACACUCCCUUCCUCCCGCGCCGCAGGCGCUCUCGCCGUCCUCGCCGCGACCUCCCGGGCGCUGCCGCCGUGGAGCGCAGAUCCGCCCCGACUCGGCUCGGCCUCUCCUCUCUCUCGUCGAACGUGGGAAACUGUACAAUGAAAUGGAGAAAGAUUUUGAAGGAAAUGACACCAUUGAGGACUGCGGGCAGAUUCUUUCGGCGCCAUCCUUCGGUUCUCUGCCUGGUGCUGCUUCUACUUAUAUUGUACAAGUACUUCUUCGGCUGGUUCACCCUUCUUGUGACCACAUCACCAAUCUUCCUAAUUGCUGGCGUCUUUCUUGGAGUCAUCCUUGCUUUUGGUGAACCAAACAAUUCUGAAAAAGAUCAUGUCUACAAAAAGAUUGAGAAAGCUAGGUGUCUGAAUACUCAUGAUAGCAACAAAUCAGUUAGGGGCGUACCUCUUCCGAGAAUUCCAUCCGAAGAGAGAGUGGCCAAACACAUAAACAGAGAUAAGAAGAUUAGGAAGAGAUCUCACGCUGUAGCUUCUUCCGAACAAGGAUCAAGUGAAUCAGGUGGUUCAGAUACUGAUAACAUUCCAAUGCUACAUGCAUUUCAUCAUCUUAGGUCAGGCAGCAAUUCAUCACAGUCCUCUCAAGAUGGUGACUCCAAUGACAGCAGCAUUGAAGAUGGAAUGGAUAAUCAACAGGGCAAUGGGGGCAAUGUACGUGAGGGGAAACGGCAUGUUAAAGUUAUGGCAUGGACUGCUGAUGAUCAAAAGAACAUACUGAAUAUCGGAUGCUUGGAGAUUGAGCGUAACCAAAGAUUGGAGACCUUAAUUGCUAGGCGUCGGGCGAGGAAAUACACGGACAGGAACUUGAUAGAUUUUGGUAGCAGUGAUUCCUUACCUACGAUUGAAGAGCUAUCAAAGUUCAAUGUUCAAAUCCCUUCUAUUUUUGCUCCUAGGAAAAAUCCUUUUGAUCUUCCUUACAAUGAAGAUAACUUCCCAGAUUCUGCUCCAUCUGCGCCGCUGGAAAUAGGAAACCCAUUUGAUUUACCAAGCGAACAAGCAAAUGAGAGCAGCUCCUCUGGAGGAACCAACUCAAUUUAUGCAGAACCUAUUCCUGUAACAUCUCAUUUACAAAGGAGUGCACUGUUAAGGAGGCAUGAGAGCUUCACUGAAGGAGCACCAUUCCUCAGUGACUUUUUGCAAGAUGCACGGCCUUCCCGUUUUAGACCAUACUUUGUUACAGAAAACAUGGCUAAUGAAGAAAUCACAGAUCCAGUUCUUGAAGGAGAAACUAGUGAAAAGAGCAACUCCAAGGCCAGUUCAGUUCAAGAUUCGGAUAGUGCUUCAUCAGUUGCCGAUCAAGAAAGCCAGAAGGACGUUUUGGAGGAUUUCUCAAACCAAGGACAACAAUCUUCAUUCAGUCAGACAGAUGAACAUGCACAUAUAGCUCGGCAUGUGAGGGAAGUUUCCCUUGCCCUUGACAUGGAGCCACCUGUACUAAUAAGCGAUUCCUCUGAUGAUGACAUAUCACUGUCUGGUGAACAUACAAAUGACUGGGAAGAAGCACAACAGAGUGAUUUCAGUUUUCCACAUAAUACAUUAUUAGAGGAUCCUAGUUUUAUGCAACACCAUCAAGAAAUAGAUAUGGCAAGCAAUGGGUUGCAUCAUAUGUCCCCACAUUCAAACGAUCUUGAGUUGACGUCGUCAUCAUCCGAUAGCACUGAUGAUCCUUUCGAAGUGAAUGACAUCGAACUAUCAGCCAAGGAAGUGGUGGUCAUUGAUGAUACCCACAUUCCUGAUCCUGUUUAUGAUUCAAGUCCUUCAGGAAGUGAGAAGCCCGCACCUAUUGGUUUAGUAAUUGGUGAAGCUGUGCUGCAAGAUGGUCAUGCUCGUAAUCUUGAGGAGGGUUCACCAUCAAGAAUGGAGACUUCUUCCAGUGAGGCAGCUGUACCUAAUUUGAGUCCUGUGGAGCAAAGAGAACUCAGAGAGAAAGAAGCCUAUGAGAUAAGGGAGCAGUCCAUGGUCGGCCAUAACGAAGCCCAUGAAAAUUCUGUCAGCCAUGCUGAUCCUCCCAUAUCUGAGAUAAGUUCUCAGUCAACUACUGGAGGUUCAACUAAUGGUUAAUCUGGCAGCGGUAUCGUAUCACACUCCACGAAUGCAGUUCUGGGUUUCUUUGAAAAAAUGACGGCAGCACCGACGCCGGAAAGAGCUUCUUCAGCAGCACUCCAAGGCAAUGUUGUGUAAGGCGAGUUCUUGGCAAGUAAUCUGUGGGAGGGAAGAUGUUCAUCGCAAGAGAGUUCUUAGCACUUCGAAGGGACUAGACAACGUGUUGGACGUGUAUAGUCAAGAUUUACCGAAAAGAAAAAUGCAGCACAUUAGCAUUAGCAGUUCGCUGUAAAAUGGCUAGAUACGGUUCUUUUGGUGGAUCCAUUUUUGGAUUCCUUUUUGUUUAUUUGUGAAUACCUUCAGGACUAUCAGUUUUAUACCGUAAGGUGCCAGUCCGCCCCGCCAAGUACACCUUAGUUUAUGAAGUUUAC